AUGACCGGGUUGAUGAUGGGUCAGCGGAGAGGAGGCUCGCUAUCCAGAACGGCUGAUUGCGUUCAGCAGGUGUUUGCUAGGAGUGCCGUAAGCGUGCUCACCCGAACGUCGCUAACCGUCUUUGGGACGUGAGCGGUGGCUGGAAAGGCUGGGCGACUCGGACUCUGCAACUCAGGAGCUCGCUUAGUAGCAGGAGCACAGGCAGCGGAAAGGGCAUGGAGUGGGAGCGUGGGACAAGCACAUUGGUGGCCAACGAUGUCAGCUUGGUCGUUGUGCAGUGUGCGACGUUGACCGUCGAUUUCAAGCGUUGA